AGGUGAAAUCUCAUCUGAAAAUGUUAUCUGGCACAAUUGAUCAGUUAAUAGAUGAGAUCAUUAAAAAUCUUGAAGUUGAAUAUAAAAAUGACUUGAUUAUUGCAACACUGGGCUUUUUAGUCUUCUGUCGUCACUCAUUGUCAAGUAAAGAACUUUUAAUUCUACUCAAUGAAUGGCUUUUUACUACACAAAAUAUCAAUGAAAAAUAUGAAAUGAAUUGGGAGAAUAAUCCAUGGAAAAUGCUUUCAGUCAUACAGGAUAAACCGAAUGAUUUAGAAUCUAUAUGUGCACUUGAAAGUAACAUUGACAGAUUUAUUCUGUCAAAAUGUACAAACAAUUUGUGUGCUUUAGACAAAUCAAAACGAUUACAUUUAACUCCACUUGCAUUUCAUAUUCUUCUCAGUAGAUUACGUCCGUUAAUGAUUAUUUUCAAUAAAUCAUUGCACUGUUUCAAUAGCACAUCCAAUGGCAGUAAUAGUAAUAAUAGUAAUGUUAUUUCAACUGAAAAGAUGACAUUGAAUAGGAAAAUUGAAUUAUGGAAUUUAGGUGCAGAGAAUUUAUCAUUUCUAAGUCACUCGAUUGAAGAAGUAGUAUUCAAUAAAUUUUUUGAAAAUCAUGGAAAUUAUAUGUACUCAGAGUAUACUUUUAAUGCUACUAUUCACAAAAUAUUGGCUGUUGUUUUGUCAGAUUUGGAUGAUAAACUUUAUCAUUUUUUGUAUGCUGAUGAAUUGGAUAUUAUUUGUCAUUUGCUCACAAGUCCCAUGUUUAUAUGCAGAAUUUUAAGUGAAUAUCCGUCAACAUUGAUGAGAUUUCUCAAUGGAUAUCCUACGACUGAUCGAUGUAUACAAGAAAAGUGGAAAAGGAAACUGGAAUUAUGUCCUUUUAUUGACAAAAUUGAUGCGAUGAAAACGUUUGUUUGUGUAAACUAUGAAUUUUUAGUAAAAUAUCCGAAUUCGUUUUGUGAAUUAGCUAUCAACCAAGAUUCCAGUGAAUGGAUCCAUAUGUUAGGCCUCUCAUUGUUGUAUCUUAAUGAUUUCAGUAUACAAAGGCAAUUAAACAUGAACAAUAGUCAAAUACUCUUCCGUGUAAAUUCACCAAAAUGCACAUUGAUCAAACCUAUGCAGAGGAAUAUGACAUAUAAACCAAUUGUGACUUCAAAUGGUUCCAUGGAUGUGCCAACGUCUGUGGAAAUGAAUUCAACUGCUAAAGUAUUGGUGUAUGGAACUAGGUGUGGUACGAUUACUUUCAUAGAAUUGUCCACUAUGCGUGAACUGUGGUCAUUAACUGGACACCGUUCAAGCGUUCAAAGUUUAUGUUUCCUUGACGGAUUCCCCAGUAAACCUGAAAACAUAAAAUCUCCCGAAAAGUUCAUUUCAGAACUUCGGUUAAUGAGUGCCUCAGAAGAUGGUGAUGUUUAUAUCUGGGAUGCGUCUACCGUGAUUCACAAUGUUGGGUCUAAAGUGCAUGACAAAACAGUGAUUUCACAAUUGGCAUCGUUAUGUGGAUAUCAUCGUCGAUGUGUAACUACUUCUGCAUGGCAUCCUAGACGUCGACUGGUUGCUACCGGUGAUUUAGACUGUAUGGUUUACUUAUGGGAUGUUUCAGAAAUUGAUGUUAAAUCCAGUGAUCUAUCGACAAGUGUCUGUUCUGUAAAGCUUCAUCCAGUUAAGUCAAUAAAUGUAUCCAGUUAUCCGAUUAUUUCAAUUGCAUUCCGAUUGCCAUCUGUUUUAAGCAAUGAACAAGAAUACUUAGUACAUGAUGAUUUGGCUAUAGGGUGUUGUGAUGGUACAAUACAUUUCUACAAUUUAUCUUCCUUAUCUAUCGUGAGGUCGCUAUCUGCAUCAACGUCACUUUGUUCACUCGCCUACUCACCAAAUGGAGGGAAUAUAUUAGCAACGUUUGAUAAAGAUGGUGUAUUAAUGCUGUGGAACGAUGACAUACUUUGGUAUCAAGGUGGUUUAAUACAAGAAGACUCUUGUUUUACAAUUGAGUAUUUUCCAUAUGAUCAAACUGAUGAAUUAAUUCCAAAUCAAUAUGGGAAGAUUUGCUUUUCGAAACCAAAUGGUCAGUAUAUUUUCCAGUCAGGUGGUGGCCAAUUUUUGAAUAAUUACAUUAAUAUAUGGGAUACUGGACUAUGGGGAACCUUUGGUCCAUGGAUUGAUGUAAAACCACCUCAAAUAGGUUCAGGAAAUCCUAUAUGUGUAACUUGUUUGACAAUAUUGCCUACUUACGAACAUGUUUUAAUAGGUUGGAGUAAUGGCGAUCUGACUGUUAUUCGUGUGUUUGACGGUAGAUUAAUUCAUUAUUUGAAAGCAGCAACAGAAGAUAAUUCGUCUAUCCAGUGUAUUACAAGUAGUUGUGCAAGAUCUUUUUCAGCAUUUGAUGCAUAUCAUACUAUUGUUGGUUAUGCAUCUGGUGCUGUACGAAUAUUCCUAUGCAUUUUAAGACCAAAAGUUAGUCCAUACAAAGAUCGUUAUGUGUAUCAGUCGGCAAAUGCCAUGUCAGAGCUUCAAUUCCAACUCGUUGAUACUUUAUGGUCACAUUGUAUAAAUCAUAAUGUGAAUGGUGGAGUGCGGGAAAAUGAAGGGACAUUAUGUGUUGCAAGUGACUUCUGUGUAGCUGUUACUGGAGGUGGGAAUGCUGAGACAUGGGUUCAUUUUAUUGGUCGACAAACUGGUAGUAAAAUUAAGAAAUCUGUUUGCCUGAAAGAACACAAUUCUGCAGUAAUCGCUGUUAGUAUGGAUAGCAAAUUUUUUGCGACAGCUUCUAAAAGCAGACAAUUGGCGUUGUAUAAAUUCGAUCCAUUAGAACGAACUGUAACCUUAUGGCAUUUAAUCAAUGAUGUUGGAACAGCUCCAAUCACUUCUUUCUACUUAUUACGUAUGUUCCUUGGUGUGGACACAAUCAGUAUAUCGGUGUAUAUUGGUGAUAGUAAUAGUCUACUGCAUAAUUACGCAAUAAUUGAUAAAAAGUUCCAAUUGAAACAAACAUUUGAUGCAAAUAAAUCUCCUAUAAAAUUUAUGGAACGUGUUUCGAAUCAUUUGUUAGCUGCUUCGGAUGAUGGUGAAGUUAGCGUCUGGAAGCAUGAUAAACAUGGUGCUUUGCAAUUCUCUCAUCGUCUCAAUGUCUGCACAGAUAUGCCGUCAAAGAAUCAUAGUAGUAAUAGCACUUUGGAAGGAUCAUAUUAUUUGACCAGCUUUUUCAUGUUCUUCGUUGUUUAUGAUCCCUUGAAAUUUGAACGAAAACUGUGCAGUCCAACUAUUGAAACAAUCGACAAAUUGAUGAUAUCCAAAGCUGAUAACCAACAUACUGAAUCUGAUGAUGAAGUGAAGGAUCCGGAUUCUGAGGUUACUUCACUUAGUGGAUGUUGCAUGUCAAAUAGUAAUAGUUAUGUAACAGGUUCUGAUCAAAAAAUUUAUGAAUGUGGUUACAAAAUACAUAUUGAUAUUGAAGAGGAAAAUAAAACAUAUUUUAUUGCUACUGAUUAUCUGAAAGAUGAACAAUUUCAUUUGUUGAAUUCAUGUAAAAAAGGAUACAUAGUUUAUCGAGAUACAUCAUAUGAUGCAACGUAUCGUUUAUUAUAUGGUGUUAGAUUAUCAUGCAAUAAAUCGUCUGAUUGCUCACAAGUUAUUCAGGGUUUUCGUUAUCGAAUAUUUGCACCAUUCAUUCUACAAUAUCGUGGUACAUUGAAAGGACACUCAGGUCUUGUUCCAUGUGCACUGACCUCUGGAUGUACCACCAAUAGUGAUGAAGAUUGUAUAGUUGCCAGUGCAUCUGGUCGAACUGUGUGUGAUGUCGGUUGUGAUAUUCGUCUUUGGAGUAUACCUUCGAAAAGGAAACUAUUGAAUUAUCAACCAAAUCAACAUUUUGGACCGAUCACAUGUUUGGGCCAAUUAAAAAUUACAGAUCACUACAGCAUCUGUAUAUCAGGUUGUAUGGAUGGGAGUGUAAUGUUUUGGUCAGUUAAGAAUUCCGAGCCGUUGGAUCUUAAACAUGUGUCAGUUGCAGACUUAACAAAUAACAAGUCUGUACAAUGGAAACCGUUAUUACAUGGAUUUUGUUCAGCGUUACGACCAAAGUAUGCAAUAUCCGAUAUUGCUACGCAAACGUAUGUGAUGGAUGAAUCGAAACGAACAGUGCAAUAUUUGAUUUAUAUUGCUUACGGUGAAAACUUAUGGAGAAUGCGAAUUAUAUUGGAUCAGUCAAAUAUGUCUAUGAAUGAUGUACAAAAUACUUUUGAACGAUUGUUUUCUAUGAAUGAGAAAACAGAACUCCCUUUUGUAGAAUUAGAUGUAUUCUGGUCAUCUGAAUUAGAUAUUCCUUGUUCUGAUAUUGUUAGCUUCACUGCAAGUCAUCCUAUUGUAAAAAUAUCUCCACGUUAUGCUAAACCUAAUGAAUUAGAACAAUGUGAAGUUAUUGCUGUCCUCGUCAAUGGUGAUGUAAUUGUUUUGACGAGUAAUGAACAUGAAAAGUUUUCAUUUGAUCAAUGUAUUGUAGAAAAUGGUUUAUGGUGCUCAUCUAUAGGUACGAAUGUUGUUGGAGUUUUCACCACACGUUCAGGCAUGGCUUUUAUAUGUAGACACACUGAUGAAAGUCGUACAUUUCACCGUAUUUCUGGAUACAUGGGAUCAUGUGAAAAAGAAAUGUGGAUAAAUACAUUGAGUGUUUUAUCUACCGUACAAGCAGAAGGCAGUCAUUUAUUGUAUUUGGCUGAAUGUCAUCUUAUCAAUUGUUGGAGAAUUCUCAUUUGUAAUGAAAAUGGUGAUUUGGUGACAGAUUUUACACUUGAUAAUUCAUCAAUAAAAGUUACUGGAUAUUGUGCGAAGUUACUAUCACCAACUGAAGACAAUAGUUCAACAUUGAUCUAUCUUAUAAUUGCAACAUCAGAUAAUAUUUUACGUGUUCUAGGGUGUGCAAUAAACAAUCCAAUCACAGUGGUGAAUUCAAAACAGUGGAAACAGGUUGCAAUGUAUCCAGUUGAGACAGAAAUCACUCAACUUUAUACUCUUGAUGGUGAUAGUCAAUUGAAAAUUCUUGCCGGUGAUAGACAAGGACAAAUUCAUUGUUUUACAUUAUUGUGAUAUGUACACCUACAUGCAGAUAGAGUCUGUAUGUUGUAAAACUGUAUUAUUUCUUUUGGAUAAAAAUAUUUUCCUGUUAAUUUUGCUUUUUAUAUUUUAACAUCGAGCUAACUUCUUUCUUUCACAAUUAUUUCCUUAAUAAUAUGUGCAAAUGAAUAAUCAUGAGAUGGGAUUGUCUAAUGUCAUUUAUGGUGAUCAUUUAUUAUUAUAACCAGAUUGAAAACAUGUUAACCUGUUCUUUUAAAAUGUAUUUAUUUCAUAAAAUGUUUUGUUCAUUGAGUAGUGGGUAGUGAAUUUCAAUCAGUCGAUAUGUUUCUUAACCUAUUUCGUUUAAGUGAUCGUUGGAUUAUGAUGGAGUGCAUUCUAAUCUUUUAGAAUUUCAAAAGAUAGACAAAUAGAACUGAAAGAUCUGUAUUGCACAUAAACUCGAUAUUCUAAUC